GUAAUACAGCAACAUUAUUCAAGGAUAUAUAUUUCCAACGAAAUUCCCCACAUCCUCAACACGCCGAGUCACCACCACCACUGACCAGUACCUAAAACACCAAACGAAAAAUGUCGUCCUCGACGCAACCCCACCCCGCAAUCCCAAACACAGCAUCCUUCAUAACCGAAGCACGCGCAGGCUUCACCGCAGAUCUGGAGUCGACACCCUCCACCGCCAAAGAAAGGCAGGAACUCUUGACAUCGAUCCAGAGUUUUGCGUUCCAUUUCCUCAAGGCCGCCGCUCAGCCCCCUCCCUCCCAUCAAGAAGACAUCAACACGGAGGACGAUGUAUCGAGCGUUGAGCAGCAAGAGAGUGUUUGUUCGGCAAAGACAGAUACGGAUAGAGAUAGAGAUGACCUCGCGCAACAAGGUCUUAACGUCCUCUGGUACAUGUUCACGUCCACGGCGCAGGUAAUCGAUGCAGAUGACGCAUUUCAGGAUCGUCUUGUCGGGUUACUUGCGUGGACGAGGCAGUUUGAUGGGGUGUAUAGAGAACUUCAUGGCAUCGUGGGAAGUGCUGCUGGUGGUGCUGGCGGUUGGGAUUCGUAUGGGUUCGGACAGAGUCUGCGGCUGGCAUGGGAGCAGCUCGUCGCAGACGUUCACUUGCCGAGCGCGACGCAGAAAAGUCGGAACCUCGCUGCGUUUUCUGCAAAGGUGAUGGCUGUUGGGUUGUGUAAGGAGUCUGUGGCUGGGACUGCGUUUUGGGUUUUUGAGAGGGCUUUGGGAGGGGAUGAGAAUGGGGACGGGGAUGGGGGUGAGAUUAUGUUGAGAGGGUUGGUUGCUGCUGUUGGAGUGUGGUUGGAGUAUGCUUCGCAUCAACUCCUUGCCCGUUGCUGUUCUUCUCCAUCCUGCGUCGUUGGUGGUGGUGGGCGCGAUGAGACGUUAACGGACCUGAUCUCGCCGGUUGACGACCCUUCGACAGACCAAGCUACCGCAGAAUCCCGGUAUGGCGAAUUCAGCAUGUCGCACUGGCUGCGCUGGCGACGCCGUCUCCAGGAGCUUAGUCACGAUGCCGAUGCGGACGUGGCGAGGUUGGCGAAGAGGGGGUUCAUGAGUAUGAUUUUCUGUGGGAGGGAUUUGGAGGUUGAGGUGGAGGGCGAGGCGAGGUUUGCGGAGAGGUUGCAGGGGGCCAUGUAUCGGGAGCUUGUGAGGAGUGGGAAGGAGGUUGUGGAGGGGGAGGAGAUUGAGAUUGAGGCGGAUUGGGUUGAUUGAGUUUGUGUGUUGAAGAGAUGGUGUUGGGGAGACAGCUGCAUCUUGCUUGUAUUUGCGAACUAUCAGAUCUUUGAGUGUAGGGUGGUGUCUCUACUUGGUGACGAUGGAUCAUGAUUCCCUCGAAAGAUGAUCUCUACACUUAUCUUGGUCAUUCGAGCCUAUCUUGAUUCUGAUUAAAAUCAACGUCCAUGAUAGGUGGCUAUGAAAAGUUGUGAUUUAAGACACACGUUUGAUCAAGCGAAUCAAGCAGGAACAGGCUUUAAAAUGAGUACCUGAUCAUGUUUCUUCCAGUAUAGUAUUUCGGU